GUCCCUCGCACAUACCUUUCGUCUGCGUAUACGCGGUGGGCACGUGUGCAUACAUGUAUAUGUAUAUGUACAUACGUGUGCGUGUAUACGCAUAGUAUAUAUAGCGAAUUCGUUGAUAUUCGUGAGAAGUAGUGGCGGGCGAUCACGGGUGAAGUAAAAUAGUUUCGCGGACCACACGGACGGUUCACCGGCGCAGUUGACUUUCGCGCGCUAACGCACGAGGAUCGAUCCGCUCUCUCGGCUCUUCGCUUGAAUUUUUGAGUUUAUUUUUACGACUAGCACGGACUUUUGAGUUUUGAAGGGUCAGCGUGGAGGAAAAGAUUCGUAAAAAAUGGCUUUGGCAAUAUCAGCCCUACUCGCGGUGGGCUUACUUUUCACGGCCCUGGCUUUCGUCAUCGGUCACUACCUACGGAAAAUCCGACUCUAUCGCGAAUCCGCGAAAUUCCCAGGGCCUCCGGCUUUACCGUUUAUUGGCAAUGCUCACUUCUUCAUGGGGAGUACCGAAGACAUAUUGAGCAAGUGUCAAGAGCUUCUGGACACGUACCCGUCGCCUUUCCGCGUCUGGCUGGCCGACAGGCUGUUCUACGCCGUUUACGAUCCGGAACAGCUCAAGACGAUCUUCCUAAGCCCCAAAACGAUCGAGAAGGAGGAACUUUACAAAUUCGCGGAACCUUGGCUGGGCACUGGGCUAUUCACCGCACCAGCUUCGAAAUGGAGGAUUCACCGAAAGCUGAUCAUGCCAACGUUCAAUCCACGAAUCCUGGAAUCUUUCGUCGAGGUUUUCUCCGUACAGUCAGAAGUCAUGAUAAAAGAGAUGGAGGUUGAGCUCAAUGGAGGGGAAUUCGACAUAUUCCACUACGUUUCCCUCUGUACUCUCGACAUUAUUUGCGAAACCGCAAUGGGCGUCAGGUCGAGAGCCCAAACCCAGAGGAAUUCACCAUACGUCGAAUCCGCCAAACGACUCUUCGAAAUAGUCUACUCGAGAAUGUUCAAGAUCUGGCUUCAUCCAGACAUCAUUUUCAACAACACUCGACUGGGCAAAGAUCAACGCGAGUGCAUCAAGUAUGUCCACAGUCUGACCGACGAUGUGAUCAAGCGAAAAAAGCAAGCUUUCGAGGGCAACGGCACUGUCGAAGGGAUGAAUGGAAAACUACCUCAGGUCGAAGGAAAAAGGAAAGCUUUCCUGGAUCUGCUAAUGGAGCUAUCUCACGAAGGCACAAAAUUCACCGAUGAAGAGCUACGAGAGGAGGUCGACACGAUGAUGAUCGCGGGAAACGACACGACGGCGACUGUAAACUGCUUCGUCAUGUUGAUGCUGGCUAGUCACCCCGAGAUUCAGGACAAAGUCUACGAGGAGCUAUGCGAAAUAUACGGCAGCGAAGACCCAAGCAGUGUAUUAGUCAGACACGAGGACCUGCAUCGUAUGGAAUACCUAGAGCGGGUUAUCAAGGAAACCAUGAGAAUCUUUCCCGUAGGACCUGUACUCGUCAGACGCGUCACCGACGACCUCAAUAUAGGAGACUACACCCUGACGAAGGGAAGCUCGGUCGUCCUUGGAAUCAUAAAGACACACCGAAGCGAGGAAUAUUGGACGGAUCCUCUGACUUUCAAUCCGGAUCGAUUUUUGCCAGAAGAAUGCGCCAAGAGGCAUCCGUACACCUACAUACCCUUCAGUGCCGGACCGAGGAAUUGUCUUGGCAUGAAAUACGCAAUGAUGGCGAUGAAAGCCUUGUUAGCGACGGUCAUACGCAAAUACGUGAUCAAGAAGGAUAAUGCCCUGCCUGUACAGGACAUCAAACUGAAGGCUGACGUGAUGCUCAAGCCCGUCGAACCAAUAACAAUAAGAAUCGAGAGGAGGAUUCACGGAAAAGAUCGCACGAAUUGAGAUAUGCACACGCGACGAGUAUUUUCUGUCUUUACGAUGAGUAUUAGAAAAUUUGAUCGAUUGUU